GACAGUGGGGGAGAGAAAGAUAGCCACCUGCAGACCUGCUUCACCACCUGUGAAGCGACUCCCCUGCAGGUGGGGAGCCAAGGGCUCAAACCGGAUCCUUAGGCUGGUCCCUGAGCUUUGGGCCACAUGCGCUUUACAUGCUACUACGCUACUUCCUGACUCCCGUUUUACUAGAUUAUUGUGAAUGCUUUUGUUGAAGAAAAAUUAAAAGGUUGAGAGAUGUCAGUAGAAUUUGUGGGCUUUGUAGUGGUCCUAAUAGGCAGGAUAACUCACUACAUGUUUCCAUAACCUCUUCUGUUCACAUUGCACAGCUAGGGUAUUGUACCUUGUAUUCACUACAGUAUCUUCCAUCUAGGGGUCAUACUGUCCAGUGAAGAGGCUUUGCUGCUAGAUUUAAACAGAGUCUCAAGCUAUUGCUGUGAUUAAUCUUCCAUUUUCUGGCCUGGAAGACAUUCAGGGAAAGAGGAAGAGAUGGCAGAUUCUUGGGGCUCAGUGACCUUUGAAGAUGUAGCCGUGAUAUUCACUCAAGAGGAGUGGGCACUAUUGAAUCCUUCAGAGAAGAAACUCUACAGAGAUGUGAUGUGUGAAAACUUGAGGAACUUUCUUUCCAUAGAGAAAAUACAAGAACUUUCCACCAAAGAACAGCAUAACUUGCACAGGAGUCAACAAAGUAAUACAGCAGUGAAAGUCUCUGAAGGCAAAAAAAUUCAGAAUGGAAGAAAAUCUCAAGAAUGUGAAGUAUACAACAAAUUAUUCACUUAUUCUAUUUAUCUUCAAAAACAUGAAAGAAUUCACAGUGGAGAGAAACCAUAUGAAUGUAAACAGUGUAGUAAAGCAUUCAGUGAAGCUGGUCAUCUUCAUAUAUAUGAACGAACUCACCGUGGAGAGAAAAACUAUGAAUGUAAACAAUGUAGUAAAACAUUCAGGCAGUCCAGUAGUCUUAAGGUACAUGAAAGAAUUCACAGUGGAAAGAAACCCUAUGGAUGUAAACAGUGUAGUAAAACAUUCAGUUGUUCCAGUCAUCUUCGGGCACAUGAAAGAAAUCAUACUGGAGAGAAACCCUAUGAAUGUAAACAAUGUAGUAAAAUAUUCAGUUGUUCCAGUAGUCUUCGGAGACAUGAAAGAACUCACAGUGGAGAGAAACCCUAUGAAUGUAAACAAUGUUGUAAAACAAUGAGUUGUUCCAGUAGUCUUCGGACACAUGAGAGAACUCACAGUGGAGAGAAACCCUAUGAAUGUAAACAAUGUACUAAAUCAUUCAGUUGUUCCAGUAGUCUUAAGAAACAUGACAGAACUCACAGUGGAGAAAAACCCUAUGAAUGUAAACAGUGUAGUAAAACAUUCAGUUGUUCCAGUAGUCUUAAGAAACAUGAAAGAACUCACAGUGGAGAGAAACCCUAUGAAUGUAAACUAUGUGGUAAAACAUUCAGGCAACCCAGUGAUCUUCAGAUACAUGAACGAAUUCACAGUGGAGAGAAACCCUAUGAAUGUAAACUAUGUACUAAAACAUUCCGGGAAUCCAGUAGUCUUAAGAAACAUGAAAGAAUUCACACUGGAGAGAAACCCUAUGAAUGUAAAGAAUGUAGUAAAACAUUCAUUUGUUCCAGUAGUCUUCGCUCACAUGAAAGAAUUCACACUGGAGAGAAACCCUAUGAAUGUAAACAAUGUAGUAAAACAUUUCGACAAUCCUGUAAUCUACGGCAACAUGAACGAACUCACAGUGGAGAGAAACCCUAUAAAUGUAAACAGUGUCAUAAAACAUUCAGUUGUUCCAGUAGUCUUCGCUCACAUGAAAGAAUUCACAGUGGAGAGAAACCCUAUGAAUGUAACCUAUGUAGUAAGACAUUCAGGCAGUCCAGUCAUCUUCAAAAACAUGAAGGAAUUCACAGUGGAGAGAAACCCUAUGAAUGUAAACAAUGUAGUAAAACAUUCACUCAAGCUUCUCAUGUUAAUAUAUAUGAACGAACUCACAGUGGAGAGAAACCCUAUGAAUGUAAAAAACGUAGUAAAACUUUCAGGCAAUCCAGUAGUCUUAAGGUACAUGAAAGAACUCACAGUGGAGACAAACCCUAUGAAUGUAAACAAUGUAGUAAAACAUUAAGUUGUUCCAGUAGUCUUAAGAAACAUGAAAGAACUCACAGUGGAGAGAAACCCUAUGAAUGCAAACAAUGUAGUAAAACAUUCAGUUGUUCCAGUAAUCUUAAGAAACAUGAAAGAACUCACAGUGGAAAGAAACCCUAUGAAUGUAAACAAUGUAGUAAAACUUUGAGUUGUUCCAGUAGUCUUCAGAGACAUGAAAGAAUUCACAGUGGAGAGAAACCCUAUAAAUGUAAACAAUGUAAUAAAACUUUCAGUUGUUCCGGUAGUCUUAAGAAACAUGAAAGAACACAUAGUGGAGAGAAACCCUAUGAAUGCAAACAAUGUAGUAAAACAUUCAGUUGUUCCAGUAGUCUUAAGAAACAUAAAAGAAUUCACACUGGAGAGAAACCCUAUGAAUGUAAACAAUGUAGUAAAACAUUGAGUUGUUCCAGUAGUCUUCGGACACAUGAAAGAACUCACAGUGGAGAGAAACCCUAUGAAUGUACACAAUGUAGUAAAACAUUCAUUUGUUCCAGUCAUCUUCGGGCACAUGAAAGAAUUCACAGUGGAGAGAAACCCUAUGAAUGUAAAAAGUGUGGUAAAACAUUCAGUUGUUCCAGUAUACUUAAGAAACAUGAAAGAACUCACAGUGGAGAGAAACCCUAUGAAUGUAAACAAUGUAGUAAAACAUUCAGUUUUUCCAGUAGUCUUCGCUCACAUGAAAGAAUUCACACUGGAGAGAAACCCUAUGAAUGUAAAGAAUGUAGUAAAACAUUUCGACAAUCCUGUAUUCUACGGCAACAUGAACGAACUCACAGUGGAGAGAAACCCUAUAAAUGUAAACAGUGUAGUAAAACAUUCAGACAAUCCAAAACUCUUCGGACACAUGAAAGAAUUCACAGUGGAGAGAAACCCUAUGAAUGUAACCUAUGUAGUAAGACAUUCAGGCAAUCCGGAACGCUUCGGACACAUGAAAGAAUUCACAGUGGAAUCAUAGCCUCAAACCUGCUCCCAGCACCCUAUCAGCCUGUACCCUCCCGGCCAUGAUGACAUGGAAUUAAUGACUGGACGCCUUCUGCUGCUGCUGGCAAGUCUUCCUGCCCUGGAAGCCAGUGAGGCCAUUGAUGAGAGCAGUCCCUUCUACUAUGACCGGGAGACUGUAGCUGGCAGGAGUCCUCUGCUUGGUCGGCAUAGCUUUCACUCUGAGCAACAAAUGUAAAUGCAAAACUGAAAAGGAGCAGAACCCUGGUACCGGAGAGCGCAGUCCCAUUCAUUGUGCCAGGGUCUGUGAGGACCUGCUGAGCCAGAAAGAUUCCCCUUUGUGUUUGUGCCCCAGGCAAAGGCUGUACUCUCUGGGAGCCCCAGGGUCCCUCUUGAUGGAAGACAGGAAGAGCCUUGUUUGUGAAUAAAAACACUUCUCCCUACUAAAAAAAAAAAUUCACAGUGGAGAGAAACCCCAUAAAUGUAAACUAUGUAGUAAAACAUUCAGUUGUUCCAGUCAUCUUCAGACACAUAAAAGAACUCAUAGUGCAGAGAAACUUAUAAAUGUAAACUAUGAAGUAAAGUAUUCAUGGGAUGUAGUUACAUGAUAGAACUCACGAGAGAAAGAAACCUCAUGAAUGUAAACAAUGUAGUCAAACAUUUAAGCCAGUUUUCUUUGGAUACAUGAAAGAUCUCACAGUGGAGAGAAACCUAGUGAAAAUAAAGUAGAACAUCGAUUCAAGCCA